AUAUAGAAAGGGAUCAAACCGAAGUUUUGAGUGUAAGGUAGUUUUCCAUGUUAUCAUCACCAUUCGAGGCCGCCGGAACUUCAAAUACCAAAACGAAAACUAUCCUAAAUCUCCUUCAAGGAUGCCACACCAUCAAAAAGCUUCAGAAAAUCCAUGCUUGCGUUAUCACCGCCGGCCUUCUAAAUCACCCCGCCGUUUCCACCAAGCUCCUCAACUUCUGUGCCGUCUCUGUCUCGGGUUGCUUACUCUACGCUCAACUUCUCUUCUAUCAAAUUCGCAACCCCCAAACUGAUCACUGGAAUUCCAUCAUCAGGGGCUUUUCUCGCAGCUCGUCUCCUCUACAAUCCAUAUUUUUCUACAACGAGAUGGUUUCAGUCGCCGCCGGGUCUCGUCCAGACACGUACACGUUCUCGUUCGUCCUCAGAGCUUGCGAGCGAACCCCCGCGGCCGACAGCAAACGCACAGAGGUUCACGGCACUAUAAUCCGUUCUGGGUACGAUCGGGAUGUUGUCGUUUGCACGAAUUUGAUGAGGUCGUAUGCCGGGAAUGGUUUGAUUGACAAUGCACGGAAAGUGUUUGAUGAUAUGCCUGUGAGAGACUUGGUGACUUGGAAUUCUAUGAUUUCUAGCUACGCUCAAGCGGGGUUUCACCAUGAGGCUCUGAAGACGUAUGAUCUUAUGAGAAUUGCGAAUGUGGGUCUUGAUGGGUUCACACUUGUCGGCUUGCUUUCGUCUUGUGCCCAUGUUGGUGCCUUAAAUCUUGGAGUCGAAAUGCACAUAAUGGCUCGUAAAAGGGGAUUCUUGAAUAAAAAUGUUUAUGUGGGAAAUGCUCUUAUAGACAUGUAUGCUAAGUGUGGAGAUUUGGAAGCUGCUCUCUCUGUCUUUAAUGGCAUGCAGAAACGUGACAUUUUCACGUGGAACUCAAUCGUGGUUGGCUAUGGCGUCCAUGGUCGAGGGGUCCAAGCAAUCGACUUCUUUAGUCAAAUAGUAAUGGCUGGAGUCCAGCCAAACUCCAUUACAUUUCUUGGCUUGUUAUGUGGAUGUAGUCACCAAGGUUUAGUCCAAGAGGGUGUCAAGUUUUUCAACUUGAUGCUCUCAAAGUACAACAUCAAGCCUGAAAUUAAGCAUUACGGCUGCAUGGUUGAUCUACUCGGCCGAGCUGGAAAACUCAAACAGGCGCUGGAAGUAAUAAGCAGUUGCCCAUCCCAGAAUGAUCCAGUUCUCUGGCGGACUUUGCUUGGUUCUUGCAAGAUUCAUAAAAACGUGGAAAUAGGAGAAAUUGCCAUGAGGAAUCUGGUACAGCUUAGGGCCUCAAAUGCAGGGGAUUGCGUUCUCCUGGCAACAAUCUAUGGUGGAGUCAACAACACAGACGGGGUAGCGGUGAUGAGGAAAAUGAUAAAAAGCCAAGGAAUAAAAACAACCCCUGGUUGGAGCUGGAUGGAAAUUGGUGAUCAAGUUCAUAAGUUUGUUGUAAACGACAUGUCACAUCCUGAUACUAACGAAAUCUACCUGAAGUUGAGAGAAGUAAUACAAGAAGUGGCCUUGCUUGGUUAUGUGGAGGAAGAUUCGAUGUCGUUUGUGAGUUUAAAAGGUUUUAAUGGCGAAGGGUGUUGGGGAAGUGGAUCAUAUCACAGUGAGAAACUAGCUAUUGCCUUUGGGAUCUUAAGAACUCCAGUUGGGACAUGCUUGAGAAUAACAAAGAACCUGAGAGUUUGUAGAGAUUGCCAUACAUUUACUAAAUUUGUUUCAAAAGCAUUUAAUCGAGAAAUUGUGGUAAGGGAUCGAGUUCGAUUCCACCACUUUAAGGACGGGGUAUGUUCUUGUAAAGAUUAUUGGUGAGGGGUGUUACUCAAUCACGUUUAUUUGUACUGAAAGUUCUGUUUUA